AUCUGCAUUCAUGACUCCGAAACGAAAAUCGAACGCCAUGAUGCCUUAGCACGGCUAUAGCAACCAACUCAAUGGCGUUCUUUGUGUUUACUAUAGGCAAGGUAAACAAAAGCUUUCGCCAUGUGUGCGAGUGUGUUGUAAAUGCGUGUAUCGCUUUUUGUAUUGCUCUAGCCAUUUUCGCAAUUAUUUCUCAACUUGCUGAUAGACACAGCGCACGUCAGAAGCAUUUUGUGGAAAUUGUGUACACCUUGAUUUAUCAUCAUGCGUGAAUGUAUCUCCAUCCACGUCGGCCAAGCCGGAGUCCAGAUAGGUAAUGCCUGCUGGGAGUUGUACUGCCUUGAGCACGGCAUCCAGCCUGAUGGUCAGAUGCCCUCAGACAAAACCAUUGGAGGUGGUGAUGACUCCUUCAACACCUUCUUCAGUGAGACUGGAGCUGGCAAGCACGUCCCCCGUGCCGUCUUCGUCGAUCUCGAGCCAACUGUAAUUGAUGAGGUCCGAACCGGUACAUACCGUCAGCUCUUCCACCCUGAGCAGCUGAUCACUGGGAAAGAGGAUGCUGCCAACAACUACGCCCGUGGUCACUACACCGUCGGAAAGGAACUGAUCGAUAUUGUCCUUGACAGGGUCAGGAAACUGGCUGACCAGUGCACAGGUCUCCAGGGAUUCCUCAUCUUCCACAGCUUCGGUGGUGGUACCGGCUCUGGCUUCACCUCUCUGUUGAUGGAACGUCUCUCAGUCGACUAUGGAAAGAAGUCGAAACUUGAGUUCGCCGUCUAUCCCGCUCCACAGAUCUCAACUGCCGUUGUCGAGCCUUACAACUCCAUCCUGACCACCCAUACCACCCUCGAGCACUCCGACUGUGCCUUUAUGGUCGACAACGAGGCCGUCUACGAUAUCUGUCGUCGUAAUCUCGACAUCGAGCGACCUACUUACACCAACCUGAACCGUCUCAUGGCCCAGAUCGUCUCUUCAAUUACUGCUUCUCUGCGAUUUGACGGCGCCCUCAAUGUCGACCUUACCGAAUUCCAGACCAACUUGGUGCCCUAUCCUCGUAUCCAUUUUCCUCUGGCUACUUAUGCCCCUGUCAUCUCUGCUGAAAAGGCCUACCAUGAGCGGUUGACCGUUGCCGAGAUCACCAACGCCUGCUUCGAGCCAGCCAACCAGAUGGUCAAAUGCGACCCUCGUCACGGCAAGUACAUGGCCUGCUGUCUCCUGUACCGUGGUGACGUCGUCCCCAAGGAUGUCAACGCCGCCAUCGCGACCAUCAAGACCAAGCGUACCAUCCAGUUUGUCGACUGGUGUCCAACUGGCUUCAAGGUCGGUAUCAACUACCAGCCACCCACCGUCGUCCCUGGUGGUGAUCUUGCCAAGGUCCAGCGUGCAGUUUGCAUGCUGAGCAACACUAGCGCCAUUGCUGAAGCAUGGGCCCGUCUUGACCACAAGUUUGAUCUGAUGUACGCCAAGCGUGCUUUUGUCCAUUGGUAUGUCGGAGAAGGUAUGGAGGAAGGAGAGUUUUCCGAGGCUCGUGAGGAUCUUGCUGCUCUCGAGAAGGACUUCGAGGAGGUCGGUGUCGACUCUUGCAUGGAGGGAGAAGGUGAAGAUGAUGAACAGGAUGAAUAUUAAAGUUAUUCUCCCCUCUCUCUGAGCUUUAAGUAUAACACUUUUUAUGUUAUGAUUGUAUGUUUAUUCAUUUGAUAUUUAUUUCAUAUGCUUUAGCGUUGGUUGUUCAUGUUGAUCAUGUUACAUUGCCUUCGCCACCUCAUCAAUGAUGUCAAUGCACAAAAUGAUGAUUGUUAAAUAGAAUUCCAAAAUUCAUUAAGUUUUAUGAUAUGUAAUAUCUGUUUAAACUGUUCGAAGGUGUAACAAAUUACUUUAUACCAGACCCGAUUCAUAUCCGGGCACAACUCCAACAGAAGACAACUCUCGAAGACACCUUUCCCGAAUAGUCAAUCUCCUGACGACAAUACCUGCAGUUCCCGGGGAAGUCGUCCUCCUUGAGUAGUUGUUUUAGCACCAUAUUCACAAACUUAAGAAAAGGUGACAAAAGGAGUGUAAUGGCAACGGGAAUGUUGCAACGAAAUUUUGCUAUGUUGGUGGUGAUGGUGAUAGUGAUGAUGAUGGUGAUAUCGACGUUUGUGGCUGCGAUGAAAAUGAUAAAAGAUGAUGACGAUGAUAAAUGAUGAUGAUGUUGACAGUGCAUGAUAAUGGUAUUGACGAUGAUAAUUGUGGUGGGGAUGAUACGACGACGAUGAUGUUAGUGUUUGUGUUGUUGUUGUUGACGAUGAUGCUGCUGCUGCUGAUGAUGAUGGUAAUGAUGAUGAUGAUUAUGAUGAUGAUGAUGAAGAUGAUGAUGAUGAAGAUGAUGACGAUUAUGAUGAUGAUAAAGAUGAUGAUGAUGAUAAUGAUAAAGGCGGUGGUGGUAGUGUGAAAGGUGACUUAAAUGUUGGUGUCAAUGAUGAUGUAAAAGAUGACGAAAAAAAAAUUGUUUUAGUUUUGCUUUAUAUUUAUGUAAUUAAAUGUUGGCAAUAGUGUGACUACUGAUUUUACAUGUAUAUAUGCGUUCAGUUGUUCAACAUGCAUUUUAUGUUAUCAUUAAAGGCCAAGUCCACCCAAAAAAUGCUGAUUUGAAUAAAUAGAGAAAAUCAAUCUAGCCCAACACUGAAAAUUUCAUCAAAAUCGGAUGUAAAAUAAGAAAGUUAUGACAUUUUAAAGUUUCGCUUAUUUUUCACAAAACAGUGAUAUGCACAUUUGAGUGACAUAUGUCCCUCACUCACUAUUUCUUUUGUUUUUUAUUGUUUGAAUUAUACAAUAUAUCAUUUUUUACAAAUUUGACAAUAAUGACCAACUUGACUGAACCAUAUAGUAUUAAACAAUCCUAAUUCCACAUGUUCAGGGAGGAAUUAAUCGUUGUUUCACUUGGCAAUGAGAAAAUUAGAAUAUUUCAUAUUUCAUAUAAUAAAAUACAAAAGAAAUAGUGAGUGGAUGAUGUCAUCAGUCUCCUCAUUUGCAUACAGACCAGGAUUUGCAUAUAACUGUUUUGUGAAAUUAAGCGAAACUUUAAAAUGUCAUAACUUUCUUAUUUUACAUUCGAUUUUGAUGAAAUUUUCAGUGUUAUGUUUGUUGGAUUUUUUUCUCUUUUUAUUCAAAUCAACUUCUUGUUGGAGUGGACUUGUCCUUUAAAGAAGGAGUCGACUUUUCCAAUGACUAAAGGAAAGAGUCGAUUUCCACCCCGAUUUUAUCGCAACUAGAUCAGAGUUAAUUUUUAAGAAUGAGAUGAACACAACCUUAACGAUCAGUUACGCAAAAAAAGAAAAAAAUAAUAAUUGACUUACCAAAAAAAGGAAAGUCUUGUAGUUUUAUUUCCCGGCGUUACACGCAAGCAGACUCCCACUUUUCAUGUAAUGUAAAUUUCAUAAUAAAUUAUUACAUUUUUUUGUGAAAAGAAAUGAAAAUAACUUCCCCUAUACCUCCAAUAUAUAAUCAGGUGUAUUUCUUCAUACAUCUUUAUAGAUAAGGAAUUAAAUUUUUAUGACUCAUUGGCAAAAUCGUUAUGAAAUUCAUAUCAUGACGUGU